AUCUGGGUAAUCUUUUUCAGGUUACCAUGUUGAAGAUACAGACUCCCAAGAAUGCCAGAGCUAAAAGGAAGCUGGAAAAACGAGCUCCCAAGUUCGUUGAAACUGGGAAGAAGACGCUGAUGCUUCAGGGUGCAAAGACGAGCAACACUCUGAAUGCUGUACUGACUGAAAUUUACCACCUGAAGAAAGGUGGAGCUGUGAGAUAUACACGCAAGAAUGAUAAUAUUAGGCCAUUUGAAAGUGGGGGUGAAACUUCGUUGGAGUUCUUUUCUCUCAAGACCGAUUGCAGCCUUUUUGUGUAUGGAUGUUUUAGUUUAUUUGAGCCUGUCAAAUUCUCCCGAAGUGCGUGAAACCAUUGUAAAUGUUUCUCAGAAUGAAGCGAGAUGAUAAAAAUGGACUGAUUAGAUAUCCUAUGGCGGUAUGGCCUCUGUUUGUGUGGUAUGGUUCACACUCAAAGAAGUAACCAGACAAUCUUGUUAUAGGGCGGACAUAUGAUCACCACAUUUAUGACUUGGUAGAGGUUGGAGUUGAAAACUUCAAAUCUAUGGAUUCAUUCACUUUUGACAAGAAACUAGCACCCCAGGUUGGGUCAAAGCCUUUCAUUUCUUUUAUUGGAGAGCGAUUUGAGAGUGUGGACCAGCUAAAACAUUUGAAGGAAGUUUUGCUUGAUCUGUUUCGGGGAGAGGUUGUGUAAAAUUUAAAUCUUGCUGGGAUCGACCGUGCUUAUGUGUGUACAGCAUUGUCACCAAAUAGAGUGCUCCUUACACAUUGUGCAUUGCGGCUCAAAAAGUCUGGCACAGUAGUACCAAGGAUGGAACUUGUGGAAGUUGGCCCUUCUAUGGAUUUGGUAGUUCGUCGCCAUUGCCUUCCAAAUGAAGGCUUGAGGAAAGAGGCUAUGAAAACAGCUAAAGAUCAGCCUAAGAAGAAGGUGAAAAAUGUUAGCAAGGAUGCCAUAGAAGGAAAGAUUAGAAAGAUCUACAUUCCUGAUCAGAAGAUUGGAGAAAUGGCUCUUCCUAACAAAGUGAAAGGAGUGAAGAGAGAACGUCGUGAGGAUCACUGUCUCACGCUUACUUCCUACUCUAUUUCGCUCUGCGCCAUCCUACUUGCGAAUGGUAAUUCAUUGGAGGUGGAGUAGGUAUUCGAGGCUGAUAUAUUCUUCUCAGUUGUUUCGUUUUCUCUUUUUCUCCUCCCUGUUUUCUACUAGAUAGGCCCUAUCAAUAUUGUUCUCUUUUUCUAGAUGAGCAUGCCGGAUUGUUAUUUUGCUUCAAAGGUAAAUUGUGAAGAGGCUGUAGUGGUAGUGAUUAAUGCAGGUUCAACUUUUGCCGUGUGACAUGCAAUUUUGGAAAGGAAGAAAUGGGUUAAGGCCCU